ACCAUCACUCAUCAUUAUAAUGUCAAUUUUGCUUCUCUUCUUCGUGCUUGCAUCUAAAUGCUCCUCUUCAUCUUCUUCUUCACAUGUUGAAGGAGAUGAAAUUGUAGAGUUUUCUUCUCCAGAUCAGAGAGUGAAUCUAUCAGUGUACUUUGAAAGCUUAAGUGAGCCUUGUGCAACAUUCAUCAUCAAGAACCUUGUGGAAAUCUUCAACAAAGAUCUCAUCAACAUUGUGAAUCUCCAACUUGUUCCUUGGGCCAAUGCUUCCAUCAGCAACAUCAACAAUACCAUCUUAUGCCAGAAUGGUCCUGAUGAAUGUCAGCUAAAUUCUCUGGAAGCCUGUGUCCUGAAUGUUUCCCAUGAUGUGAACAAACACUAUGCAUUGAUAUUCUGCUUUGAGUUGUUGGCACUGGAAGGCAGACACAAGAAGUGGCAAAGCUGUUUCAACCAAUUAGGUUUGCCUAAGCAGCCUUUUCUUGACUGCUUCAAUGCUGGCAAUGGAACCCAGCUUGGAAGAGAUUAUGUGAGCCAAGUUGCAAGGCUUUCUCCACCCUUUACAGUUCUACCAUGGGUGCUCGUCGAUGAUAAGCCUCUUGAGAAGGACUAUGAGAGUUUUGUGACCUAUGUUUGCAAGGCUUAUAAAGGCCCCUUCGUCCCUCCAGCCUGCCACCUUUUUUAAGGACCACCAAACAGAGAAUCACAAAUUCCCUUCAUCAAUACAAACAACAUAUAAUUAAGCUUAGAUUUAUGUGUUUUCUGUAAUAUAAUCCGGAUUGAAGUUAUAAUAGCCAAGUAUGGACACUUUAAAACCGAAACAUGGAUCCAAAUUAUCCCAAAGCCUUUGAACAUUUUAUCGUUGUAAUGUAUGUUGUGUUCAUCACUUUUAACUGGCAUGUAAUGAAAUUUGGAUUUACCUUGAGUGGGUGUUUCCUUCCACACCCAGAUUGAGAUGGUCUAAGGAGGUAUGACCGAGAGAAAUUAUCAUUUGAAGCCAGAUAUCAGACUGUUAAAGAAACCUAAGAAUGCAGAGACAUGAAUAUAGUAUAUGAUGGUUGCAGAAGUUAACGAUGGAGUUGUCAUCAUUACGUUGGUUGAGUACUUAAUUAUCCCUAUCGCUCGGACAAUUUCACAAACAGCUUAUAAGCGUUGCUUAGAAAAAGAAGACGCUCCAGGGAGAUGGAAAUCUAAAACAGAGGUUGAUGAACACGCGAAGAAUUCAAGAUAGUGAUGGAUUUGGGAUUCAGGUUCGAGACCAUCAACUUAUGGUUGGAUUGAGGAAGUUUAAAAUUAUUAAAUGAGGAAAAGAGAGCGGGGUGGCUACGAAA